CAAAAUCAUCAAUCAAUAUUGUGUGUUCCAGAUUCCUGGUCAUUCUCGUACCCUGCGUUCUCUAAUUUAGUUGACCUGUUCAGCAGCAAUCGUUACUUUCGGAGCCAUAGGAGAUCUGUAAUUGCAAUCGAAGGAGACUUUGUUUCUCAUCACUCAACUCUUUCUCCUGGAAAGAGUCUAGAGCUGCAGCAGUUUUAGAUGUUGCCAUUGCUUCUUCUCAAAACAGCACAGAAACACCCUGUGCUGGUAGAGCUUAAAAAUGGAGAGACUUACAAUGGUCACAUGGUCCAGUGCGACAGUUGGAUGAAUGUACAUCUCAGAGAAGUUAUCUGCACAUCAAAGGAUGGAGACAGGUUCUGGAGAAUACCUGAAACCUACAUCAGAGGCAACACAAUCAAGUAUCUGCGAGUACCAGAUGAGGUCAUUGACAAGGUGAAGGAGGAGAAUUACAAGCGCGACGAGAAGCGCCCGGCCAUGGCUCGUGGCAGAGGGAGGGGCAGGGGUCCUGGAGGACGAGGCGAAGAGUUGUUGCAGACAUUUUCUCCUCUGUAGGGCAGCCAUUGCAUUGUGUAGGCUCGCCAGACUUCUUUAGCAGCCAUUUUUGCAGAGCUGCAAAGAUACAUGGGCUGGGCAGAGAUGUACAGUACCAUGAUGGCACAUGUUAAUGGUCCAAGGUGUUCAUAUCUUGUGCGCUGGACAUGUGGUUAUAGUGACACUGACUUUCCAAGCUGGGUUGGUUCUAUUGGUUCUAGCAUUCAUACUCUUGGAGUACUACUUAAUACUACAUAGUAUGCCAGGAGGUGCCGUAGCGGGCCCGGGUAUGAUGGCCUGUAACAUCCUUUUUAUUGG